GACUGCUAAAAAUUGAAACGGCUUCCUUUAAACCCUCCCUCUUUUUCUAGCCAUAGACGACAUAGUUGCAUCACCUCCCCCCUCUCCCCGAUCAUGAUCUUCCAGCGCCAAGUGAGAGCCGUGAGCGAGUUCAAACUUGGGAUGCAUCAGGGUCGUAAGGAAAAGAGUCCUGACAUAGAGCCAGCGAUGUUGCCAGGCUAGGCGGACUAGGAAUAUCUAGUCUACCGCCCUACAUCUGACCUUGGAGAGCCUUGCCGCAUUGAUUGCCGUCCAUCUAUUUUUAUACUAAGGUUAUAAGAGUCCAUUCUUCCUGUCGCAAUGGAUCGCGUUCGUUUCUUGAACGAUUAUAGACCCGUGAAUACUACGAGAUCACUUGCUAAUAUCACAAAACCCCAUUGUCGAUAAACUACCAACGGCACCGUCAAUAGAGGCCGAUUUCAUAGCCGAACUUCCACGGACGAGCGAGCGUUACCUUGUAAAAAUGGUUACAUGCUACAAGUAUACCGGCGCGGAUGACAUGCAGAAUCGUACACGACAAGAACGUCGGUUUGAAGAGACCGAACACGAGCUGCCAGACUUCUCUCCCUUCAAACCAGCGCUGACCCCGACCGAUAAAGUCCUUCAGCUUUUUUCAUACUUGGGAAAGAAGAAUCCCUUCCCUCGCUCCGUCACAGACCAAGACACCCUUUGGCUCCUUGACAACACCGCUUAUCGCAACGAGCAUACGGGGAAAUGGGAAGCUGAAUUUGUCUCGGCCGUCUUCUCUCAGCAUUCUUCUUGCGUCGUUGUCGACGCAGUGAACGCUAUCGCUAGUAAAAUCAAACUAGACGAGAAGGACCCGAAUUAUCCUAUUAUCAAAGAGCGUAUCAAACCAUUUUUACAAGACAUCAAGCCGGGUACCCAGGCGAAGGCACUUCAAGGAGGGAAGACGCCUCUCAAGCUUGGCCCUGGUGGCAGGAAUGGCAUUAGCAGUGAUAUUAAAGGGCUUCCUGAUAGUAAAGGCGGCGGCCACCUCGUUCCCACAUUUGCCGAAGUCCCGAAAGGUACCAACGGCCUUCUGGAAAUGAAGACAUUUUACGCCGAUCCGGAAGGCUGGGGCGUGAUAUCCGAUAUAGAUGAUACGAUCAAGAUUACUCAGACUAGUGACCCCAUCGGUAUUCUACGGACAACCUUUCUUGAUAAACCGGAAGUCUGCUCCGGUAUGCCCGAGCUAUACCGGUUCAUCCAGUCUCUUGUCCAAGAGUCCACCCCCUGGUUCUACUUGUCAGCUUCGCCGUACAAUCUAUAUCCGUUCCUGCGAGACUUCCGCGAACAGAAUUAUCCACACGGCACCAUCAUUCUUCGUGAUGCUAGCUGGAUGAGUUUGCCAGGGUUGCUUACAACUCUAACUCUCGGUACAGAAGAUUACAAAGUUGACCGGAUGGAAAAAAUACACUCGUGGCUUCCGAAAAGGAAGAUGAUCUGCAUUGGAGAUUCAACUCAAUCUGAUCCUGAAGCUUACGGCGAAAUUUAUCGGGCGUACCCUGGCUGGGUGAAGUUGAUUUUCAUCCGUAAAGUGGAAGACAUCGCGGCUAUUGGCAUAGAGGCCAAAAAUGAGCCAGAAAGAUUCGAAAAAGCCUUUAAGGAUGUCCCUCGUGAUGUUUGGCAUGUAUUCUCGGACCCAGCUGAGUGUCGCAACUCUAUUCAGGAUGCCGUGACGAGAUCAUCUUGACAUGAUGAAAUAAAUAGUAGCGCCGGGCUUUUCCUUGCGAGUUUCGUACAAUGCUAGAUACAUUGGAAUUCAUCCGAGGGGACAUUUGCGUUGGUCCCGGCCAAUAAAUAAUUCUUUUUCCUAAUACUCAUAUUCAUACUCAUACUCAUAAGGUUGCUUUUCGUGUCUCUUUAAGACAAGUAAC